AUGGAAAGUACCUUAAAUGCAAUUAAAAAUAGUGUAGAUCAAAAGACUGAUCAACCAGUAAAUUUGCAAAGUAAUAUACCUGCUUCAAUUCAAACUUCAAAUGUUAAUAGCACUAUAUCAAACGGUUUAAAUAAUGAUUCCAUUGAUAUUUCUACUCUAGAGCAAAGAUCAAGAAAUCCACAAAGAUUUCUAUGGUCUGAAUUGAUUAGAUCGCAUUUGGGUACAAAAUGUUUAACUAUCAUGGACACCUUGAUCGCAUUGGGUAGAUUAUCCAUCAGAGAAAUACGUGAUAGAAAUCCUUCUUUCACAAUAAAGGAAAUUAAAUUAAUUCUGGUGUCUUUGAUCCAAUUGCGUUUAAUUAAAUGUUUUGAUGAUAUACUACCUGGUGGCAAAAAAAUGACUUAUUAUUCCUAUGACGAGGAUGGCCUACAUAUCUUACUAUAUUCUGGUUUAAUAUUAAAUGAAAUUAAUGAAAAAUUCCCACCUUUAGCUACUGAUGAUGACACAAAGGAGGAUUCAACAAAUUCAAAUAAUGAACAGGCCUCUGCUGCCACUAUCGUACAAAAUAUUAUCUCAGUUGGUUCCCUAUCUCUAGGCGAUUAUUUAUCAAGUUGUAGUCCAGACGCACCAAAACAUGAAAUUAUCGACACCUUUGUUAAAUUAAUAGAAAAUGGUUACUUGAUUCCAAUCAAUAAAUUGAAUUAUACACCAUUAAAUGAUCUAUGGAAUCUGAUCUAUGAAAAGGAAUACAAACUAAUCUCUAAAAAUGCAUCAUUAUCGGAUUUGAAAAAGAGGAAUGAGGCAAAGGGGAAAGCUAAAUUACAAUUUUUUGAAUUACUCAACAAUGUCAAUGAUCUAUCAAAAACCAUCAUUAUUGAUCCAAAGACUUCUUUGAAGACUGUCAAAUUGAAUAUCCCAUUGACUUUUAAUUUAGAAAGAUUUUUAAAAUCAAGAAGAUCAAAUCAAUUAAUUAAAUUUGCUAAAUCUAGAUUAGGUGUCAUGACCGCUUUAAUCUACAAGACUGCAUUGAAUCUCAUUGAGCAAAAAUCUCCAAGCUUAAGGAAUCCAAUGUUCAAGACAGGGCUUUUACAAGAUCUCGACGAAGCAGAAAGUUUCCGUGAAGAAGCGAUCUUACAAGAAGAAAACACACCAGGUCUUACCUUUAGUGCUUUGGACAUCUCAAAACAUUUACCAAAGGACAUAGACUUGCGUGGUAGUUUAGUUUCCACACAUAACAGAGAUAAAGCAAUUAAUAAACGUGAGAAUCCUAACAGUGAUAGUGAUAACAUUAGAAAAAAAAUAAAGACUGAGGAUGGAUUUGUCAUUCCUGCGUUACCAAAACACGUUGCAGACAAGAUUCAAGAUCAAGAUGCACAAGACAAUAAAAAUGAAGAUGAGAGUACAACUACAGUGGACAUGGACAUUGAUGAUGAUGAUGAUCCAAGAUCUAUUACCUAUGUAAAUGGUCAUUUAAGACUAUUAACACAGUCAUCUAUCCCUUUCUUACAAGAAACAAAGCCAGGGGUUUACCAUAUCCCAUACACUAAAUUAAUGGAAUGUUUAAGGUCACAUACUUAUAACUAUUUGAUCGCCUCCACUUUAGGCCAAUCUGCAAUGCGAUUAUGCCGUUGUAUUAUAGCCAACAAAUUAGUAUCAGAAAAAGUUAUUACCUCUACUGCACUAAUGAAAGAAAAAGAUAUUAGAUCUACAAUUUCAUCUUUAAUAAAAUAUAAUGUAUUGGAGAUCCAAGAAGUUCCUAGAACAGUAGAUAGAUCUGCUGCUAGAGCCGUGUUUUUGUUUAGAUUUAAAGAAAAACAUUCAUACGCUUUUAUGAGACAAAAUUUAGAAUGGAAUAUAGCCAAUCUACUACAUAAAAAAGAAGUACUAAAGGAAAAUAAUGCUACUUUAUUGUUAAAAGCCAACAGAGAGGAUGUUAGAGGUAGGGAAGCAGAACUUUUACUUCCAAGUGAAUUAAACCAACUGAAAAUGAUUAAAGAGAGAGAAUUGAAUGCGUAUGUUCGUAUAUCUAGAAUUCUUUCAUUAUGGGAAGUAUUCAAUUUUAUAUAA